AUGAUUUUAUCAAACAUAAAUUCUCAAGCUAAAGUUUCGAGAGGAACUACUAUUACGCAAAAAAAACAUAUGGACGAAUCACAUAUUACUUCAGGAUACGUCAAAGACGAAACCAGAGAAAAUUCACGAACACAAACCAACAACAAAUUAACAAAUAACGAAAUUACACCAAUGAUUAGACACAAACGGAAAAAUAGUCGCCUAUUAAAUAAUAGUCAUCUAGAGCAAGAUAAAAAAGCUCGUACAGAAUUAGAUAUUCAAAUACUUAAAGAUGAUCUUUAUGAUCCAGUAUUGGAAAUUCCACAUCAUGCAAAUAAAAAACACAACUCAUCAAGAAAUACAUCCAUCGGAAAUUUGAUUUCCUUCUUACCAUCAAAAUUUUUUGGAGGUUAUAGUGGAAUUAUCACAGAAAGUGGACGAACUGAUGUAUGGUGUUAUUAUCCCAAUGACAUGUUUACAUCAGGAGUAACGAUAGACGGGGUUAAAGGUGUAUGUUGUUCGUAA